CCUUUAGGGCUCGCGCCAAAAUGUGUGAAAGUCACAUUUGCCACGCAUGUUUGUCACGCACAUUUUACAGGGGCCUGAGCCGAGGAUUCCGCUGACCAUUUCCAAACAUGUGGGUCUUCUGAACUUGCAAUAGACUGCAAAAGUAAAUUACAACAACAACAGAUAAAACAAGUGUUUAGCUUUUCGCUAUCAGGACUCCAGUAUCCACCAAGGCCCACCAAAGACACCCAUUUAUGGCAAAUAAGACCACAGAGGGGUCAGAUGCCCCUGUUGGGUAUGAAGUUGUCCCAUCUACAACUGACACCCGUUGCCCCUCCCUUGAGGAGAUUAGGAACAAGAAAAAAGAAAUCUGGCUCAUCAAAGUGCCGUUCAAUUUUGAUAGAAGAAGUCUUUCAGGCGAGACAUUUGUGUUGAAUGGAUCACAGGACCUUCUAGUAACACAGGCUAACACCAAGAAAUACGAAAUAUCCUCCAGAGCAUUGAAAUCCCAUGAUCAAUCGUCUUGCAAAGUGCUGCUCCCAUCAACAGAAAACAAAUCUGUAUGGUCAGCGAGACCAGUCAAUGGUCACAUGACUGUCAUCCAGUCACGACACGUACCAAUAGCAGACAUCGCCCCUUGCCCUCCCCCUACAAAGCAUAAAGUCCCUGAUAUCAGGUGCAGGUGGAAACCCUUUGGCUCAGGCGAUCCCGAUGACAGUGCUGAUAGACUACAGGAGAACCAUGUUCCGACCCCCCCUCUUGCUUACACCCCCGUAAGAAGUUUGAAAGAAGAACAAAACCUACGAGAGUCACUGCAAGCCUCGGUGGAAGAAUCUUUAGAAUCACACGAACAGGAAAAGAAAGCUAAGAAGAAAAACAAGCAACCAAAAAUCAAACAUGAACCAGAGUCACCUAAGCAGAAUUCGAUGUCAAUGAGCAUUACAACACCAGUUAACCUAAAACAGGAAUGUCCUACUGACUACCAGUCUUCAAAGAAGAAAAAGCCAAGUAAACCACCAUUAGGCACGACACAGCUAGACCAGGUGAAAGUAAAGAAAGAAAGACUUUCUGAUGAUGAUUCGCCGGCUAAAAAGAAGAAAAAGAAAAAUAAAGUUUGACAUAAUUACACCCUUUUCAUCACCGUAAUAUUAGUAGACUGCUGUCAAAGUAAAUCGAGUUUUUCUUA